AUGCCAGCAAUCAAUACUACAGAUCAAUCACAAUCUUAUACUAAUCCAGCAGCAGCAGCAGUACAUGAACAAGCAGCUAGUUUUUAUAUGCAGAAUAAUGGCAUGGAACAACAAGAUGGUUUAUCUGGUAGAAAUCCAGGGCAAUAUCAAACACAAAUGAAUCCUCCAUCAUAUAAUUAUUCGCCAAUACCGAAUGGUUUUCAACAACAAUUUUAUCUUCCUCAAGGAUAUCCCCAAAAUCAAUUUAUGCCUUCAACUAAUCCAAGACCAAUGAAUCCUUCACAGAUUCCUAUUAUUCGACCAGCGAAUGAAACUAUGAACAAUUAUCCACAUUUUAUCCCACAAAAUGGGUAUCCACCACCACAAUAUACGCCUGGAAAUAAUAGCCUUCCAUCAGCACCAUCUGUCUAUUCAGGACAAUUUUAUCGAACUUACCAAAUACCAACAGGCUAUGCACAACAACCAGUGCAAACACAAAUGGCUAAUCAACUACAAAUAUCACAACAACAACAACAACAACAAGCAUAUAUCGCCAAUUUACAAACAGCAACAAAAGUUCAUCCAACACAACCGACUCAACAUGCACCAAUUGAUCAACCAAGUGCUAGUGCACCGACGUCUCAACCUCAAAUACCGCUGAAUGUACAACAAUCGAGUUCCUAUGUAGCACCACCAGCGGUAGCAGCAGCAGUGGUUUCGAAAAAAGGAAAGAAAUGUCCAUUGGUUAUUAUUAAUCCGGACUUACAUAACCCAAUCACAUUAUCUCCACAAUCGGUAUCGACUUCAGCGAUAAAUGUUUCAAAUAAAAUACAAAAGCAAACUGAAUUUCGAAAACAAUUUGCUCAAAAUUUAGUCGUUUCUUCUAAUGUUAUCAUAGAUAAACCUGCUGAUCGAAUAACUACAGUUCGCGAUAAAACCAGUGUAGAUACAUCGAAAUCACAACCAAUAACACCCUUACCGGUAACUACAUCAUUCGGUGGCAUUACAUCACAACAAACACUAACACUAACACCAACCAAUAAUGAAAAAUCAACAUCUCCAAAUCACCGUUUACGCUAUGAUCGUCAUGAACUUUUACGUAUACGUGAUAGUUCAGGACCAUUUCCAACACCGAAAAAUCUCCCUGAUCUUGAUAUUGUUAUCACUCGACGUGAUGAUAAUGCUGCAAAAUCUAAUCAUGUUGGUGAAAAACAAACAGUGUGCACAAAUCCUUCAUCUCAUCAGCAAUCACUAUCAAAUAAUCACACAUCAUCGGCUGCUAAUAUGAAUAGUGCAAAUGCUGCAAAUGAUUCAAAACGUGAAACAGAAAUUGAUCUAUCAGCUAAAUACGGUUCUUGCAAUCGAGUUGAUCAGUCGAAAGUCGAUGCGAAUAAUAAAUUCCUACACGAUGUUAAGGCAAUACUGAAAAAAUUAACAUCAAAAACAUAUCAGAAAACACAGAAGAAACUUGAAGCUUUAGAAAUCGAUCGCUAUGAACGAUUGGAGGGAAUGGUUACAAUCUUCUUCUCGAAAGCUAUUGAUGACUCAACAUUUAGUCUUCUAUAUGCAAAAUUAUGCAAACAAUUUCAAAAAAAACAGGUCACGGUUCCAGGUGAUGAUGGCAAAUUAGUAACAUAUUAUUUUCGUCAAAUAUUAUUAACACGUUGCCAAAAAGAAUUCGAAAGCGAUUAUAGAGAAGAAAUUGAAUAUGAAAAGCGUAAAGCUGAAGUUG